AUGGCGGCCAGGACUGGACUGCUCCUGGUUGGGCUGGUGCUGCUUGCAAUAGCAGCAGUUGCCGACCCGCCGCACAUCCAAGGCUUCUCGCUGGCCGUUGUGCAGCUGGCGGCUGAUGGCGAGUUUGCCGACAACUUCAACAUGACCAGCCAGUACUUGCUGGCGCUGGAGCCCGACCGCCUGCUGUUCAACUUUCGGAAGAACGCCGGCCUGCCCACUCCAGGCGCCUCGUACGGCGGCUGGGAGUGGUCGGAGUCCGAGGUCCGGGGCCAGUUCAUCGGGCACUACAUGAGCGCCGUGGCCUUUGCCGCCCUGCACACAGGCCGUACCGAGUUUUAUGACCGCUCUAAGCUGAUGGUGCACGAGCUGAAGAAGGUGCAGGAUGCCUUUGGCAACGGGUACCUCUCCGCCUUCCCCGAGAGCCACUUUGACCGGCUGGAGGCGCUGCAGCCGGUGUGGGCGCCCUACUAUGUGAUCCACAAGAUCAUGGCUGGGUUGCUGGAUCAGCACCAGCUGGCAGGAACGGAUGAGGCGCUCAAGAUGGCGGAGCAGAUGGCCAGCUACUUUUGCGGCAGGGCGCAGCGCGUGCGGGAGAACAAUGGAGAGGACUACUGGUAUCGCUGUCUAGAGAACGAGUUCGGUGGCAUGAACGAGGUGCUGUACAACUUGUUUGCUGUCACUGCGGACGACCAUCACGCAGAAUGCGCCCACUGGUUUGACAAGCCUGUCUUCUACCGCCCGCUGGUUGAAGGCACCGACCCUCUGCCCGGUCUCCACGCCAACACACACUUGGCGCAGGUGCAAGGGUUUGCUGCGAGGUAUGAGCACCUGGGCGACGAGGAGGCUAUGGCAGCCGUGCGCAAUUUCUUUGCCCUCAUCCUGCAGCACCACACCUUCAGCACCGGCGGCAGCAACUGGUACGAGCGCUGGGGCAAUGAGGACAGCCUGGCUGAAGCCAUCAACAAUACGGACGCAUCGCGCAUCACCGAGGAGUCGUGCACACAGUACAACAUCCUCAAGCUGGCGCGCUACUUGUUCAGGCACACCGGGGAUCCAGCCCUGGCCGAUUUCUAUGAGCGGGCCAUCCUGAAUGAUGUUAUUGGCAUCCAAAAGAUUCGGGACAGCGCCGACAACCCCCAGCACAGCCACCAUGCACACCGGCACCCGCACCCCCCACACAUGGCAGCGCACCUGGGCCAGCUGAAUGCCGACCAGGAGGCGCACGGUGGCUGGCGCCGCGACACGCUGGAGGCCGCGCCAGCAGCCCCUGGCUCGGGCCUAGCUCGCCCCGCCAACUACCAGAUUGUGUCAUGGCAAGAUGAUCCCUAUGCCGCUGCCCACGCCAACAGCGUCCAGCCAGCCGGCCCCGGUGUCUACAUUUACUAUCUGCCGCUGGGGGUGGGGCAUGACAAGAACUGGGGCACGCCCUGGGACACCUUUUGGUGCUGCUAUGGUACAGCCGUCGAGAGCUUCAGUUCGCUGGCCGGUAGCAUCUACUUCAAGCACAUGCCCGGCACUGCGCCCUCUGCCAGCAGCAGUGGCCCCACCGCGGCCGAGGAUCUGCCACAGCUCUUUGUGAACCAGAUGGUCAGCAGCAGCGUGCACUGGAGGGAGCUGGGCGUGGAGGGAAGCGCCAACGGCGACAAGCCACAGGCUCAGUUUGUGCUCAACUGGCGUGUGCCCGGGUGGGCCAAGGGCGAUGAGGUGAUGCUGCGUGUCAACGGCAAGGAGUAUUUGGAGUGUGCACAAGGAGCGGCAGCGGCUGCCCACGAUGCGCUAGGCUUCCAGCCCCCACAGUUUGGCGCCGGCGCGCGCUUCUGCUCGCUGGGCAGCACCUGGAGCGAUGGGGAUGUGGUUGAGGCCGACAUGCCGAUGUGGGUGGUGACCGAGGACCUCAACGACAGCCGCAAGGCGAUGCAGUCCCUCAAGGCGAUCAUGAUGGGCCCCUUCGUCAUGGCAGGCGUGCUGCUUUGUGGUGUGGCGGCUGGCCGUUGGCUGGCGUGGGGCUUGACCCACGAUACACGCGACCUGGUAGCAGAUCCCGCCAGCAUUGAGAAGGUCGUCUCGGUGCCCGACACUGCGGGCUUCGUAUCUCUGGGUGUGGCAGGCGCCAGCAAUUCGACCGAGCCCCAGCUGCCGGCAGCGCCGUUCCCGCUGCUGCGCCACUGCAACGGCAGUUUGUCGGUGGGCGGCAGCUGUGGCGGCUGGCCCGGCUCUGCCCUGGAUGCCACCUUCAAGCUGGUUGCGCCGCUCGCUGGCUGCCAGGAUGGCGCUCCUGCCGGCUGCGCCUCGCCACAUGCCCGCCAGCUGCUCACCCAGCCCGCCGUUGCCUUCAGCGAUGGCGGUCUGAACCAGGAGCCGCAACUGGUCAGCUUUGCUGCAGCCUCCCAGCCCUGCCACUACCUGACUAUUGACCCCAGUAGCGGCAAACUUCUGCUGCGCCAGCAGCUGCCUGCUGGUGCCGCCAGCCAGGCCAGCGCUGCUGCCCAGACCUUCCUGCUGCGCCCCCAAGCGGGCAUGGAGGAGGGAGACCACAUGGCUUUCACCCUGGAGCCGCUCAGCCAGCCGGGCACCAGCGUGCGGCUGGUCGAGCAUGGCCAGGAGCUGGGUGUGCAGGGUGCUGCCACCGAUGCCGCCAUCAUCCACCUGGUGCCUCCCGCCGCGUCCAGCUACCCUCCCGGCGCGCGCCUGCUGCACGGCCGCAACAGGGACUACCUGCUGGUGCCGAUUGGGCAGAUAAUGUCGGAGCACUACACUGCUUACUUCAAUUUCAUUGAAGACCAGGAUCAGGGCAGCGUGGAGCUAGGAUGGUGA